CUUUGAGGUGUGCUAGAAAAAAAAGUAAAAAUCGUUCUUUCAUGAAGUUGCGUCACCCACAUGUUCUGUUUGAAGUGAAAUAAAGCUAGCAAAUAAAUUAAACAGUUGAUAAUAUUGUCGCAAAAAUGUUGACCGCUACGCGGGUGAUCGGCCGCAAGGCUCUGGAGUGUUCCGGCCUUAGUUCAGACAUUUACACACACAGGAAUUUCUCCUCAAUUAUCAGAAACACCGCAGCCCCCACAGUGCCCAUUUACCAGCAACAUGCUGUCCAAUACAGGAACAAAUCUGAGGGUGUGCGCGGUGCAGUCAUUGGUAUCGACUUGGGUACCACCAACUCCUGUGUGGCUGUCAUGGAGGGCAAGACCCCUAAGGUAGUGGAAAACACCGAAGGCUCCCGCACGACUCCCUCCCACGUGGCUUUCAGCAAGGAGGGCGAGCGUCUCGUCGGCAUGCCAGCCAAGCGCCAAGCCGUCACCAACAGUGGCAACACAUUCUAUGCCACCAAGAGGCUGAUCGGCAGAAGGUUUGAUGACCCCGAGGUCCAGAAGGAUAUGAAGAACCUGUCCUACAAGGUCGUCAGGGCUUCGAAUGGAGACGCUUGGGUGCAAGGCAGCGACGGCAAAGUGUACUCCCCAUCUCAGAUCGGUGCCUUCGUGCUGAUCAAGAUGAAGGAGACGGCCGAGGCAUACCUGAACACCUCGGUCAAGAAUGCCGUCAUCACUGUGCCGGCUUAUUUCAACGACUCGCAGAGACAGGCCACUAAGGAUGCAGGACAAAUCUCUGGUCUGAACGUUUUGCGUGUGAUCAACGAACCCACGGCUGCGGCCCUCGCCUACGGUAUGGACAAGACUGACGAUAAAAUUAUUGCCGUAUACGACUUGGGUGGCGGUACGUUCGAUAUCUCAGUUCUCGAGAUUCAGAAGGGAGUGUUUGAAGUGAAGAGUACCAACGGAGACACGCUGCUGGGCGGUGAAGACUUCGACAAUGUCAUCGUUAACUUCCUGGUCGAUGAGUUUAAACGUGACCAAGGUAUUGACAUCCGUAAAGACGCGAUGGCGAUGCAGCGCCUGAAGGAAGCCGCUGAGAAGGCCAAGAUCGAGCUCUCCGGCUCCCUGCAGACCGACAUCAACUUACCGUACCUCACCAUGGACGCGUCCGGUCCUAAGCACAUGAACUUGAAGAUGAGCCGUUCGAAGCUGGAGUCGCUAGUAGGUGAUCUGAUCAAGCGCACGGUGGCGCCGUGCCAGCGCGCGCUGCAGGACGCCGAGGUUCAGCGCUCAGACAUCGGCGAGGUGCUGCUCGUCGGCGGCAUGACCAGGAUGCCUAAGGUACAAUCAACAGUCCAGGAAAUCUUCGGCCGCGCCCCCUCUCGCGCCGUCAACCCCGACGAGGCCGUCGCCGUCGGCGCCGCCGUCCAGGGCGGAGUCCUAGCGGGCGACGUGACGGACAUCCUGCUGCUCGACGUCACACCACUGUCCCUGGGUAUUGAGACCCUUGGAGGAGUGUUUACUAAGCUCAUCACGAGGAACACUACUAUCCCUACGAAGAAGAGCCAGGUGUUCUCUACCGCUGCUGACGGCCAAACCCAAGUCGAAAUCAAAGUCCACCAAGGCGAACGUGAAAUGGCUGCCGACAACAAACUCCUGGGUCAGUUCUCCCUCGUGGGCAUUCCGCCCGCGCCUCGAGGAGUGCCUCAGAUCGAGGUGACGUUCGAUAUCGACGCCAACGGCAUCGUGCACGUGUCUGCUCGCGACAAGGGCACCGGCAAGGAACAACAGAUCGUAAUCCAGUCUUCUGGCGGCCUCUCCAAGGACGAGAUUGAGAACAUGGUGAAGGCUGCGGAGCAAUUCGCGGCGACGGACAAGCAGAGACGCGAGCGAGUGGAAGUGUCCAACCAGGCCGAGGGCGUUCUGCACGACACCGAGACCAAGAUGGAUGAGUACAAGAGCCAGUUGCCGCAGGACGAGUGCGACAAGCUCCGUGAAGAGAUCGCCAAGCUCCGCGAACUCCUCGCCAAGAAGGACACCGCCGACCCCGAGGAGAUCCGCACCGCCACCAGCACGCUGCAGCAGGCCAGCCUCAAGCUCUUCGAGCAGGCUUACAAGAAGAUGGCAGCCGAACGCGAAGGUCAACAACAGCAGUCUCAAGCUGAACAGCCAACCCAAGAGAAGAAGGAAGAGAAAAACUAAACUAUAAGCAACGGAUACUAGUACCGAGGACUCGCUCGUGUUGCUGUACAGAAAUGUCUAGCCGAAUGGUUUGAACGAUACAAUUGUUAUGUGCAAAUCUUCAAAGAGUUGCCUCCUAAUAUAAUUUCACCGGUGUGAAGUUUGCUGAUGGCUGAUUUCAGAGCGGUAAAGUUAUGUGAUGAGCUAUAUUUUUCACUGCUGAAUAUAAGCCUAUAAUUUUAUGUGUUAGGAAACUCAUUCAAGGAAUUUUGGACUUAAAUUCCACACUAUACAUGUUAUUUUUAUAACUAGAACAAAAGGGUAUUUUCUCAAUUGGUUUUUGCACCUAACAAUGCUACUUUAUGUAUGUCUGAGUAGAGUAUAGAGUGAUAAAUCGGCCUCAAUUUCAAUUUUUUUUUCAUCACCAGUAAGCCAUACAAAGGUACACAAAUACGAGCAUUGGUGUCGCGUGAUAAAACUGGUCUGUGAUUGGCCAAUGCUAGGCCUUGGUGCAACCGCUUAAUAAGGCUGGUUUCUGAUUGACUAAUGUUAUGUAUUGGUGGUGUUGGGUGAUAAAGCCGAUCUCUGAUUGGCUAAUUUGAUGUCUUGUUGGUGUCGCGUGACAAAGCCGGUCUGUGAUUGGGCGCUACAGUUCGGUAUAUCACUUUAUACUUUCUCUCAAAUUGUAUGCCUGAUUUAGAAGAACGUUUCGGUAGGAAUUCUCGUUAUAAUUGGUAGGAUUUUAGACCGGGUCGACAACAACUGUAUUACGAAACUAUAGUCCGUAUUUAUAUGUCUACAAAGCAAAUUUUUUUAGCUUAAAAAAUAAGCUUAUUCUGAACUGACAAUAAAACUUAAAAUGUGCAAUAUUUGUAUUUAUUUAUGAUAUUAAUAAUUAUUUUCGAAAAAUUGUCGACCUUGUCUCAACUCUGACCAAAUUUAACAACUUUAUUAAAUUGAAUAAGUAUGUAUGUAUGAAUUUCAUCCUCAUCAAUUCAUUUGCAAGUAGGAUAUACCUAUUUUUGCAUUCUCAAUGUAGUAUUCCAUACAAAAUGGUAACUUACACUGUGGCCCAAUUUGGUAGAAUUUCGAACCUAUCUUCAUUUGCCUAGCCGUUUCCUAUAAAGUCGGCUCACAGUCUAGCUAGACGCAACUGUGUUUUACAAGGAGCCUUGAUGACUCAGCUAUGAUUCAAUGUAACUCACUGGAUGAGUAUAAUAUAAUAAUUUAAAGUAUAUUUGCACCAUAUUGGGCCCUUUGUAAUAUCCAUAACGCUACAAAAUGAUAAAAUAUAUUAUUUUGUCAUGAUACCGCGUUAAAAACACCAUUUUCAAAGAAAAUACGUUAAAUAAAACUACAUAAAAUUCCAGUAGUUUUAAAUAUCGCAUUUUCCAAUCACACGUUAGUCGCCAUUUUUAAUUUAGAAGUUAGAAAUUAAUAUUAAAUUGUUAUUUAGUGUACCGGCUGGUGGUUUUAGUGUUAAAUGAGACUUGCAGCCUCUAUUUUUAUUAAAUUAUAAUUUUAAUUGAAAUCCAAUUUUUUUGAAUUAUUGAUCAUCCUUCCUGAGACUUACUGUCGUUCCUAUCAAAAAUUUUCCAAUCUUUUUCAGGUGAAAGCGUAAACUGAAUUACUCCGCCUAAAUCCGGUUUGAUCCUGAAUUCCGAUGAUUGUUAAUUCGAAAAUACGAAUAAAGUUUGCAAGUCUGUCAUUGUUUAACGACUGUUAUUAUAAAAUAUCUUUAGCAUACGCUACUUGAAAAUAAAUAAUUGAAGAAAAGCAGGACAGACAUUAAAAAAAAUAUAUUUUUUCUCCCAUCGAUAACAGUAUUUAAAUAUAUGACUUCAUCCAUCAUUUGUCAUUAUUUCAAUUUUACAAGAAUUCAAGUAGCGUACGCUAAAUAAGUACCUACAUUAUUUUUGAAAAAAGAACGCUGAAUAUAAACGAAUGUCUUACGCACAUUUUGUCAUGAUCUUUGGAGUGAAAUUGCAUUUAAGUUUAAAAUAAACUAGAAAAAUGUGCCCCCGACAUAACGAAAACUACACACUUCUCAAAUGUUAAAAAUAAAUAUAGAUUUAGAAUACAAUAUAGGAAAAAUGUAAAUACAUAUACGCCGACCGUUUUUUCGUGCAGUUGACAGCUGUCAGUUUUCAAAGACUGUCCAGCUGUCAAAUACACAAUAGAUUCGGUUACCCUACAAUUUGUUUCGGAGUUGUCACAUCGGGCCAAUUUUGUUCUUAUUAAUGUUAUUAUUUUAUAAUUUCUACAUAGUUUGAUAUGUAGGUAGUUCAGCUUUACCAAAUACACAGCUAAGAGUUAA